AUGGCGGGUCAAGAUAUCACUACAGACCGUCUCAUCGUUGGGUCAGGUCCUGUAGGAGCCACCUACGCGAGAAAGAUCAUGGAUCUGAGUGCCAAUUCCCAGAAAAAGCCGAAAAUCACGAUGGUGACGUUGGAAGACGAAUAUACUACUUCCCUAAAAGUUGCUUUGACAUGUGCAGCACCCGAGCCGCACCAAGUUGAGCUACCAGACAAGUACCGACCUGAAGACUGGGACAAGCUCAUGAAAGAGGCUAAAGAGUUGAUCAAUGUCAACAACACUGCGUUUGACGAGACGUCUCUCCGCCAAGCAAUUGUGAAAGAGACAUCGGAAAAGUCCUUCGCGGGUAGACAAAUUGAAUCCCUCCCGCUUGCCUGCAAAAAGAAUGCCACAGAUAGCUCGGUUAGCUGGUCGUCAGUUUCCACCAUCCUCGGCGAUCUGAUCGAUCCCAAGUCUUCAACGUCUCAAAACUUCGAGCUGCUGUACAGUCAGCUGUGCACCAAGCUGGUCUUUCAAGAUCCUUCGAACAAGGAUAACAAUCAGAUUUCCCAUGCGAUUAUUAAAGACCUUGUCCAAGGCAAAGAAAGAAAAAUCACCGCGCGUUACUAUGUCAUUUGUGGAGGUGGCAUCCGUAAUCCCCAAUUACUUUUCAGCUCCGGCUGCGAGCAAUCGGGUUCGAGCGAGCGUUUGCCUGCCUUAGGCCGCUACCUAUCGUCGCGGAUCCAGACACUAUGUCAAGUAAUCCUUACAAAGGACUUGACUGAUACCGUACCGAGAGCCAACAGCGAGGUCUGGCAGGGUUUGAUCAAUGAACACAAGCGGAAAUACCCAGAGGAUGUUAUUGAGAUCCCCAAAGGUGACCCAGAUCCACAGGUUGCUCUGCCCUUCUCUCAGAAGAAACCGUGGUACACUGAGAUUCACCGUGAUGCUGCUUCAGCCAUCCCCGAGGAGAAAUUGCCGUUCGCCAUGUUUGGCAGCAACCCUGUUUCUGGCGGUAAACCUAGUAAUGCCAUAGAUCAGCGGGUGGUCGUUCAUCUUCAAUCUUUUGGAUACAGCACACCUAACGCAGCAAAUCACCUCAAGUUCAGAACCGAUAUAACGGAUAUGUGGGGCAUGCCAAUGGGAACUACUCGUGUAGGCACGACCAAGGACGACUCAUGCGUGAAUGCGAAUAGUUGCGUUCAUAAUUCCACGAACUUGUAUAUUGGUGGAAACAGUGUGAUCCCAACAUGCAUCGCAGGCAACCCGAUGUUGACCACGAUUGCCUACGCGAUCAAAGGUGCAUCUGCUCUUUACAAGAAGAUGGCGAAUUAA